AUGACAGAUAAUUUUACUGUCAGCUCGUUAGCUAGCUACAACACGCAAUAUUUAAAUGCGAAGAAUGCCUAUAGAGAGUUAUCUGCCCUUUACCAGGAAUUAAAUCUCGACAGGAAAUUCAAAAUUGAUAAAAAAUUUAAGUUAAUCAUACCCAUUAGUAGGAAAUAUAAAGUAGAAAAUUGUAUCCUUCUUCGCAGGUGGGAAAAAAUUAUCAACUUUGAGAAAGAGAACCCCUUGAAGUUGAGCCUCCCCCUUGUACGUAAAAGAAUUAUGUAUGUCUACGAACAGGCCUUGGUCCAUUUACAGUUUAAUGCUGAUUUGUGGUUUUCCUACUUCCAGUUUUUGUUACUAAGUAAGAAGUUUAACUAUGCCAUUAGGAUUAUGAGGGAAGCUAUCGAGGUUUACCUUCCCUUUGAUGAAUUGCUGAAGUUAAAUUUUGCUUACUUCUUCGAAAGGCACGCGUUAAUAAAUCAGGCGCACUUCGUUUAUCAGCUUAUGCUUGACUUUGUCUUUACACACUUUUUAAACUUUGUUAAAAGGAAUUACGAUGAAACGAUAUGGAGGUACUACACAGGGAUUGUGCUAAGCGAGAAGAGGUGCUCCCAAUAUGUAUUCUACUACUGUGCAAACAUGGAAAGAACAGUUUUUAAGAAUGAAAAGAGAGCCAUCUAUAUCAUGAAUGAGGGUUAUAACAAGUACGCAUCGAACAAACGAUUCCUCCUACUUUAUGUUAAGCUUCUACUAGAAAAGGGAAACAUUGACGAGGUGAGAUCCUUGAUCUAUAAAUUUAUUCACAAUGUGUAUGCAGAUUUUUAUAGGAAAUAUGACAGGGAACAUAGCAGCAGUGGAAAAAAGGGUUCGAGAGCGAAAUCCGGACAGGGAGAAUUUAACCAGUUUGAUUCUAACUAUGUAAAAUUGUUGAGGAAAAAAAAUAAAGCGUGUGAUAAAAUGUGGACUUUACUCAUGCAGCUGGAAACACUCUAUGGGGACAUAACAAAUUUGAAUCGAAUUUGGGAAACCAAAUUGAAAUAUGAGUCGGGAUACAAUUUGGAAGAAAAUAAAAACGUCCUCAUCGAUUUUGAUAACGUGUCAAAUGUUAACGAACAUAUGUUUGUAGAAGAUUCUACGCUGACUGACAUCCUUUGCAAGGGAUAUUUGGAAAACUUAAAAAGAAAUGAUAUUGAUAAUCUGCAGUUUAAGGUGAACUUAGUAAAUUCGCAGCAGUUCGGCGGGGCUUCUCUCAAAAAGACCUUUUCCUUUUUUCAAGUCAGUGGAGAAAAUGUUUUUACUGAGUUGUUAACUAGAAAUGAAUGCGUGGUUAAGGUGCAGGGGGUGGUGAGGAAGAAGAAAAAGGCACUGCGCCAGGAGCAGGAGCAGAAGCAGGAGGGCGACGACCCUGCGAGGCCCCCCAAAUCACAAGCAAAUAAGGAGCAUGUAAGCGAAAGCGACGUGAGCGAAAGCCGCAUCGCAAACGGGAAUGGAAGUCAAAAUAAUCGAAAGAGGCAAGGAGACGCAGAUGCUAUAAAUAACGACCAGCUUCGAAACGCACCUUUGAAGAAAGAAAAAAAACGUUCCGCGAAAAGAGGCACAGUGAAAUCCACCUACGAUUCGUUUAACUUUUUGGACUCGAGAACAAGUAAUGAGGAAAGUAAGACCGAAGAAAAAACAGACAUGAUAACCGACACAGUGAGUUCUAUCAGUAGACCCAAUUUAAAGAAGAUGCUUCUGUACAAGCCGCUAGAAAAUUAUGAGCAUUUAGAAGUAGAUGGGGGAAAAUUACACGAUGAGAAAAACAUAUCCUUGAGCGAAUAUCCUUACUGUAUUAGCGACAUGAACAGAAAUGACGACAGGGAUUAUUUCUUCAAGCGAGAAUAUUUCAGCAUGCCAAAUGUAAUAAACGAUUUUUUAAGUUUGUUGCCUGAAGAAAAUGCAGAUUUAAAUGUGUCAGAUAAUUCCAUCGAUUACUUAAUUACGUCUCUGAAAAAUUUGACCAUCCCGAAGUUGAAAACAUUUCCCUACGAGCCGAUACCUGUGAAGGAAAUUAUACAGAUAAAGAACGAGCUGAAUGGUUAA